AUGAGUUCCUCGAUCCAGGUCGUUGAUGAAAAGCAAGUUGAAGCUCUUAAAGAUCAGGGUGUGAAAAAGUCUGAAGAUUUUGACAAUGAGCUCAGUUUCGGGAACCAUGGUGGUUGUUGUGCAAUAUGUUUGGAUACAAUACCUCUUCAAGAAACAGCUAUGGUCAAAGGCUGUGAACAUGCUUACUGUGUGACGUGCAUACUCCGUUGGGCAAGUUACAAAGAGAAGCAUACCUGUCCACAAUGUAACCAUCCAUUUGAUUUCCUCAAUGUCCACCGCACUCUUGACGGAAGCGUGGAAGAUUUCAUGUUCGAGGAGAGCGUAUGCCUCCUCCUGAGAGCAUCCUGGUUUGUUCCACUGGAAGCAGUGGAUCGUUUUUCUUGCGAAGAGAACUACGAUUUUGUCAUUCCACCUGAGUAUGAGGAGGAAGAAGACGAUGAGGAACUUGAGGAGUUUUAUAUGCACGGAGCAGGUCCUCGUUUGGCAAACAGGAGGUGGGGUGACAACGGUUUUGUCAGAGCAGGCCGUCAAGAAGCAAGGCCGGUCCAACCUAAGAACCGAGGUGGCCAAGCUUCCGGCUCUUCCUCCUCGAGUGAGCCAAAGGAAAAGACUAGCAGUGCCUUAACAGGAAGGCGUGCGAAGAGGGCAAUGAAGCGUGAAGCUGCAAACAAAGCUGCUGAAGCAGUAGCAGCCGCGAAGCACGAUGCUCAUUUGGUUAGGUUGGGAAGGAAGUGA